AUGUUAAAUAAUGAUUAAUAAUUUAUAUUGCAUAAUGGUAAUUUAAUGCCAAUCUUCGGUCUUGGUACAUAUACACUUACUGAUAAAUAAUAAUUAGAUUAAUUGAUUAGAUAUGCAUUGAAAUCUGGUUAUAAACAUAUAGAUACAGCUAUUACAUACGCAAAUGAAGCUUUAAUAGGUGAAAUAUUAGAAGAUAUUUUUAAAGAAGAAGAAUAUAAAAGGGAAGAAUUAUUUAUUGCAACUAAAAUAUUUCCUUAUAAAUCUGUAAAUACAGUUUUAAGAAUUUAAUAAUGUUUAAAAGAUUUGAAAUUAUAAUAUAUUGAUAUGAUUUAUAUACACUGGCCAGGAUAUAUUCCUGAUAAAAAUAAUGUCAUAACUCAUAAACCAGUUCAUUAAAUAUGGGCUGAAUUUGAAUAAUGUUAUAGGUUAGGAUAUGUUAGAAAUCUUGCUGUAUCAAAUUUUAACGUAUAGUCUUUGUUUGAUUUACUUUCAUAUUGUUAAGUUAAACCUGUUUGUAAUUAAAUCGAAUUAAAUGUUUAAUUGUAAUAGCCUAAACUUUUGGAUUUUUGUAAAAGAUUUAAAAUACAUAUUGUAGCUUAUUCUCCUUUAGCAAGAUGCGGAGAUAUUUUAAAAAACUCUUUACUUGUUAAGCUUUCAGAAAAAUAUGGUAAGAGUGUUGUAUAAAUUAUGUUAAAUUUCUUAAUCAGAUUGGGCGUUUCUGUUAUUCCUAAAACUUCUAAUUUCUUAAGAUUAAAAGAAAAUAUUGAAAGUAUUUAGUUUUAAUUAAGUGAAGAAGAUUUCUAAUUAAUAAAAAGUUUGGAUAAAAAUAUAAGGGUUGAGGAUCCUUAUGCUAGAGAUGAUUUUGGUAGUAUACCUUAUUUUGAUUGA